GUACACGAGAGAAAAUAACAACAAAGUUUGGCAAGUGAAAAAAAUGGGCUGAAGCACAAGAAACAAAAGUUGAAAGAAAAGAAACAGAGGAAGGGGGGGAAGAGAACGAAGUGUGUGUGUGUGUGUUUAUGUGACAAUUGAGUCAAACAGAAAGUGAAAAUGUAUUUCUCUUCCGAGAAAAUCUCCCACCAUUCAUAGCAAUAUUUAUUACGUGUUGAUGCAGAGCAAUCUGUAUCUAUAUAAACACAAGUGCGUCGUAUUCUUUAUUCUCUUGGUUCGUUGUUCAACUUCAGAAACGGGGACCUUUUGAAACUGAGAAAAGCUACAUUCUAAAUACCAACAACAACAACACAAUCAGCAACAACAAUCAACAAGACUCAACAUCAACACAAACACUGACAUUAGUCUCAUCACCAUCAACAACAAAAGCUGUCAUCAGCAGCAGCAACUUUAACCACAGCAUUUAUCAACAAUAACAACUGUAACAACAACAAAUGCAGUCUUAGCAUUAACACCACCACCGCCGCCAACCACCACCACGACAACCGAACAGCUAGAGAGGAGUCACAACCCUACCAAUUGAAGGGACAGCAAAGAUUGUAAGAAGAGAAAGCAGAAGACUUGAGCAGUUGCCAUAGCAACAGAUAACUGGAAGUGAAUCAGGACAAAUUGACAAAGAUGGCAUUUUGUGCUGAAGAUCUAGAGAUAUCUGGUCUAGAAAGGCUUUUAAUUGAAAUCAUGACUUACACAAGAUCGGUUUCACCUUAUACUAACACUAACAGCCUGCAUAAAGCUAUUGCGAUGACAAAGGAAAAAGGUGCUGAACAAACUUUGCAUUGUUUGUUGAGUAUUUAUCCAUAUCUGCCACCAGAAAAGCAACGUGAAACAUUCCACACAUUUGUUGCCUUAGAUCUACUAAGGCCAGGUACUUUUAACAUUGAAAGAGGAGAAGUGGCUUUGCCACAGAAGAGUUUGCAGCAUUUCCACAAGAUUCGAGAUUGGCAUGUGCUCAUACUUUUAUUGUUGGGUUUUCCAUCUCUCUCACCCUUCAGUCAUUUGGCAUGUUAUGAAGACACAUCUGAUCUAACUUUGGUGGAAAUAUUGCAAGACUACUCUUUAGAUAUUCCUACAGACAUUGAUUUGUUAAUUGAAAAAAUUUUAAUCAAUGGUGCCCCAUGUGAGUACUUAUGUGCUUACAGGAAAGCACCUGCACUUCAUGUUGCUGCAGAAAUUGCUACUGUUUCAGGUGAGGAAUUAGAGAAUUCAUUCUUGUAAAAGUUUCUCUUUUCUAGUAAUACAGAAUGGCUCUUUACAACUGAUGACUUAAUAAAUUCUACAUUUGAAAACAUAUUUUGUUUUGUUAUGAAGGAAUAUUUCUGUUCAAAACCCAGACUAAGAAGGCAAAAUGAUAAUAGGUUAACGAAAUGGAAUGUCCAAAACUA